GCGGCGGCGGCGCGCACGCAGCCGCUGCGGUUGCCGCCGAGUGAAUCGCCGCCCGUGCGCGAGUGAGACGCUGCCGGGCCCCGAGCGGCUGAGACGCGGAUCGGUGUCGCCUCCUCCCCGCCCCGUCACACAGAUGGAGACCGAGAACUGAGGGCAGGCAGCCGAGCGAGUCCCGCAGGAGGCGCCGCCGCCGCGCUCGGUGUGAGCCGACGGCCGAGGCCGGGGGUCGGCUGAGGCGAUGCUCCGCGGCACGGGCCGGGCGGUCGCCAGCCGCCGCUGUCUGGCUGCGGAGUGAAGGCGGCCGCGCUGCCGCCGGUCCCGCCAUGGAUAAACUGACCAUAAUCUCAGGAUGCCUCUUCCUGGCCGCCGACAUCUUCGCCAUCGCCAGCCUGGCCAACCCGGACUGGAUCAACACCGGGGAGUCCGCAGGUGCGCUGACAGUUGGCCUCGUUCGCCAGUGUCAGACGAUCCAUGGGCGUGACCGAACGUGUGUCCCUCCUCGUCUUCCACCCGAAUGGGUCACUACACUAUUUUUCAUUAUUAUGGGCAUUAUUUCAUUAACGGUAACAUGCGGUUUGCUGGUGGCAUCUCACUGGAGAAGAGAAACCACCAAAUACGCCCGCUGGAUAGCCUUUGCUGGAAUGAUCCUCUUCUGCAUGGCAGCCCUCAUCUUCCCCAUUGGAUUUUACAUCAAUGAAGUUGGAGGCCAGCCUUACAAGUUGCCCAACAACACCCAGGUUGGGUCAUCGUACGUGCUGUUUGUCUUGUCUAUCUUCUUCACGAUCGUGGGACUCCUGUUCGCAGGCAAGGUCUGUCUCCCCGGCUGAGGAAUUGGAAAUGCCUGCCUGGUUUUUCAUCGUUUGAGGAGACCUGGUUAUCGUACUCGAGUUGCAUUCUGCAGCUGGGGACCGUUCGAGCAACUCUCACCAUCGAGGAUGGAUUAGUUCUUGUCACUAUGCACUUUGGAGAGAAAGAAGAGCAUUUCCUCCCCCGUGAGACUCGGAAACUAGUGAGCAAACUGCUGCUUUGUGGAUAAGGAUGGGGCUCUUCUGGGAAAAGGCAACCUGAGAGAACUGCUUCACAAGAGUGAUCGAGGCCCAGCUCUGUCCCCACUGUUAACACUAUACCUAUCACUGUUCCAUAUUGGCUCUGGAUGUUGGAAUUCCUCUCUUGCUUUCACUCUUUAGAAAGAGACUCGGUUUGCGCUGGUGGUGAGGAGGUAGACCCAGUGGGGCAGGCCUCACUGGUGAGACACAGCAUGCUGCCACACCUCAAGGAUGAGAAACCAUUCAGAGAUCAGGAGGGGUGGGGGGUGGGGGGGGGGGAAAUGCUAUGCUACUUAGUGAUACCAAAAUGGAUUUGACCCCAGGGUCUGGAGCCCCUGGAGUGCCAGUAGACCAGGGCCCAGUGUUAUGGAGCCUGUAGAUCAAAGGUUGCAUUCUAGUCUGUAUAAAAACAAAAAUGGAAAAUUAUUCCUGCUGGAUACUAAAGCCAAAUAUAUUAUUAUUUUUAAAUAAUAUUUAGAAGAAACUCCUUUUCCCUAUUUCUGUUGGCUGAUGCAGUACAAUAUGGAUGCAACUCUGGCGAGUAGGUUGCUUUACUGGAAGACACUAUUAUGUGAAAGUAGAAAUGAUGAGAGUCGCUGUUACUUUGAGGUUGAAAGUCCUCAGUUACCUCAUUCUUUGUGUUUUGUCUCGUUAUUUUGUUUGUAGCACCUGACCCUGACUUCGUGCUUUCACACAAUACGACCACGUCAAAACUUUGCUGGGUGCAAUUGUUUUUAAAAGUUGACUAAGCUGAACUAAUAGAAAAAAACUUUAUUAAAUUAUUUGUAUAUGAAGAGAAAAUAAGAUUGUGACAUGUCCCUUUAAACACUCCACUGCUUAAAACUUGAUAUUUUUGUUUGCAAUAUCUUAGCUUAUGUACUGGCUGUGAUUGUCUUGAGUUGCCCGUUCACACUGAUGUAGCUUCACCUGCUCUGUGUGUUUGUGUGUGUGUGUGUGUGCGUGUGUGUGAGAGAGAGACCCUUGCCCAUUUUGCAGCUUCCCUGGGCCAUCAGGUUGUUUAACAUUAGAAGAUGCCACUGCGUCUCAUGGGACAGGCAGUCUGUUUCCACAGGUCAAGAUAGAGGCAACAAGGUAAACUUUGCUUUAAACUAAUCACAGGCUGAUGUCCUGGCUCACUGAGUGUGGAGUUCAGUGACGUAGAGUUAAGCUCAGUGUUGUGGGAUUGAGCUGUCUGACAUAGACAGAAGAACGUGUGCAAUCAGCUUUGCAAUAGUUCUGCAGUUUAUCUUGUUAACCACAGUGUUUCUGUGCACUGUUCAUCUGAUCCUAGUAUUAAACCUGAACAACAGGGUUUCAUUGAUUUGUGUGUAGUGAGCAGGAAGCUUGCUCUGCACUGUGACAAAGUGGUCACAGGCUGCUGCCAGAGUGUUUCUUUCUCUUCUAUUAAAGUGUCAUGGUAGGAGUUGGGCUGGGUGUCUUUCCAUGCUAAUCAAGAGAGUUGCUCCAGGCUGGUCUAUCCCUGGACAUCUCUCUCCAAUGGUCCAUCUGUCCUCGCAGGUGGGUGACAGAAAGCUGGUGGUCAGGUGUCAGCGAACAUGCUGACAGGGGUGUCUGUUUACACUGACAGAAGUAAAGGGUAGAGCGUGAAUCAGGUGGGAUAUCAGAAAAGUGGCUACAGGGAGUUAAAUUGUCAGCAGCUUCCACAGAUCUGCGUGCACUGCCUUCUAAGGAACGGAUGUAGGAAAAACUCGUGCAUUAAGAAAUGAUUGUAUUUAAAAGCAAUCUUUAUACCUCAGCAUUUUCCUUAAGUUCGCUGGGCAGCGCAUAGGUUGCUGAGUCCUCUGGACUGUGGGGAGGUUCAAGCAGUGGGAAGCGGAUGAACCAACGGGGCAGUCCUGUAGGAAGAUGGAUGGAAACACUAAAUGAGAGAACACAGGGUUGUUAGAAUUGCAACUGGAUUUUAAAUUGAGUAAAUCCACAAUUGUGCACCCUUUAAACCAAAAGCUAGAGAUUUCUGCUAAAUUUAGAGAAGUAGAUUAUUGAGCUGUAACAAGAGUUUGUUCCGUUGAGUCUGUGAUGUGAUCAACAUGAUGUAACACUUUCAGUUUUUCACAAACAUGAAGCACGUUUAUUUCGGUGUGCAUGGUUCCAAUUAACACAGCCUCUGAGCCCACUGGAGGCUGCAGUAUCCUCGUGGUCAGAUGUAUUCAUUGUCUGUCCUUGUUUCUUGAGCUUCCUCCUCUCUCUCCCUCCCUCCCUCCCUCCCUCCCUCCCUCUCUCCCUCCCUCUCUCCCUCUCUCCCUCCCUCUGCCUGUUACUCUUAGCUCUACUCAUUCCUGUUUUCUCCUGCUCACCCUCCUGCCUCCCUGCUUCUGUUCACUGUGUACUUCCUCAGCGGUUUAGAUUUGCGGAUCUCUGUAGGUGAAUGCUGUGUGCCCCGGCCGGGUGGAAGGUCAUAGCUUGGCACGGCGUGGUUACUUCUCACACCUUGUUCCCCAAUUCAGAUUGUACACUUACAGCAACAACAUCAGAUACAAAUGCAUAAAAUAACAUCCCAAGGGAAACCUUCCCCUCCUGCUUCAACCCACCCACUUCACACACAGGUCUUCCCCCCCCCCCCCCACCCAAAAAAAAUCUGGUUCCAACUGCCGUUCACCUCUCCCCUAAAGGUUCCCAUUCUCACCUCCUGUACUGAUCGGCAUCUAGUGCUUUGUGUUCCUGCUGAUCUUCCUCCAGCAGCCGUCUCCACUCCACCCCUCACCUCACUCCAUCUCUCUCUGCCUCCAUCUAUCAUUCACUUGUCAGUGUCUUCCAACACCGCCCCCGCUCACCUCCCCUACCUGGCCGUCAUCUCACACCCCUCAGUCCACCAGUCGCCUCAGAAUCCUUCCUCACCCCUCCCCCUCUCCUCUUUACACUGGCCUCUCCACUCGCAGUCCUGGUGCAGGGUUUCGACCCGAAACGUCGACAGUCCCUUUCCUCCCACAGAUGCUGCUCGACCCGCUGAGUUGUUUGUUCAGAACAAAACUUCACUACUUGUGUCUGGGCUCCACAGAUCUGCUUGACUGGCUUGAACAAUUGAGUUUCUAAGUGGCAAAUCAUAAGAACGAGCAGGAGGAGGCCAUCUGGCCCGUCGAGCCUGCUCUGCCAUUCAAUAGGAUCAUGGCUGAUUGGGCCGUGGACUCAGCUCCCCCUACCUGCCUUUUCCCCACAACCCUUACUAUGCAAAAAUCUAUCUAACUGUGUCUUAAAUAUAUUUAAUGAAAUAUUGAAAUAAUGAAAUAUAUUUAAUGAGGUAGCCUCUACUGCUUCCCUGGGCAGAGAAUUCCACAGAUUCACUACUGUCUGGGAAAAGCAGUUCCUCCUCAUCUCUGUCCUAAAUCUAUUCCCCCGAAUCUUGAGGCCAUGUCCCCUAGUUCUAGUCUCACCUCCCAGUGGAAACAACCUUCCUGCCUCUAUCUUAUCUAUCCCUUUCAUAAUUUUAUAUGUUUCUAUAAGAUUCCCUCUCAUUCUUCUGAAUUCCAGCGAGUGUAGUCCCAGGCGACUCAAUCUCUCCUCAUAGGCUAACCCCCUCAUCUCCGGAAUCCACUUGGUGAACCUCCUCUGCACUGCCUCCAAAGCCAGUAUAUCUUUCCUCGAGUAAGGAGACCAGAACUGCACACAGUACUCCAGGUGUGGCCUCACCAGUACCCUGUAUAAUGUUCUAUCUAGUACAUUGUUAUAUCUAAAUAAUGCAAGCAAUCCUUGGGAUAAAUUGGGAUUAAGGUCUGGACACUUGAAUCAUUGAGAAACAAUUUUUAAAACUAAUAUCUGAAGUAAAGACUUCAUUACAAACCCAUAACCCAGUCCUUCAGUAAUACAAUAUUUCAAGAAGACCAUAAAUUCUGUUACAAGCCUUAUGGAGUUUCAAUUUACAGAGUCACAAGCUUCAUUAUUUUUCAGAGAUUUCUGCAAUAACCGUGCUUUGUGAGCCCAUACACUUUCAUUGCCCUAAACAAGCGAUCUUUAAAAGAGCCUUCAACAAGAAAGCCAAUAUUCUAGAUGGAGUGAGUGGAUUCUACCACUCUGCUUUCUCCUUGUCCUGUAGAUCACGUAUCCUGCAGCCCCCUACACCAGACAGAGCAUUGCAAAGUCACUUUCAGAUGUGUUUUAAUGGCUGCAUUUCCCUUUGUGCAAAGGAAGUAAGUAAUUGGAUGCUAUGCUAGCUAAUGGAGGUUGCAAUUAUUGUCAGCACAGCAUCAUCAUAACGAGAAAUGAAAACCUAGCUACUUGUAGACUGAAUUUUGUUUUAUAAAAUUCAUCUAGAUCACACUAUGGUGCAGUUACAAUCCACCCUUGUCCGUUACUCCAGUCAUAGCCAAUGUGUUUUAUUUGGGACAGCUCGCUAAAACAAGGGGGAGCAAACCUAUCUUUCAUAACGUAAAGUGGAUGUGACUUUCACCCUGGCAGGAAACACUGAAAUGAUGGCUUUUGUUUCUCCAACAUUUCGCUUAAUGAUUGAGUUGUAUUAUUUCUUGGUCUGUGUACCAUUGUUUGCCUGCAUUUCGUCCCUGGCUUCCAGUCCACGUCAAAUGCUGUCUGCAGGACACAACAAUGAAGGAUGACACAAAGGCCUCGGUGCUUGCAACUGGUUUGGUGGUUCGCCCAAGGAACCCAGUAGUUUUCUUAUUGUAUAGAAUUACAAGGGAUUUUCAGGAUUUGUGCAUAACCUGCACAGUAUCCUGCUAUAAUAUCAAAGUGUUUUAUAAUUGGUUUCGGCAGUUUUUAAAUCCAAUAAUUUCAGAGGAAGCAUUGUUAAUAUGUCUGUACAAAGAGAACAUAAUUUUCCUUCACUUGUAUUUUUGUUAUUGAGCAAGUUUAUCAAA